GCUGCGGCCCUCGAGGACCAGGAUUGCCCACCCCUGAUGUGUUUGUGUGUGUGUUUGUGAGCAGGAAUGGAGCGAGGCAGUAUAUGAUCACCCCCAUUGCAGUGAAUGGACCGAUGCAGCAUGUGAUUCUUCCUGUUGUUGCUCCCUACAUGGGUACAGGGAAUGGAGAGAUGUUGCAUCAGGUUCAUCCUGCUGCUGCUCCUUUGAACGCCCGCCGCUCAGUAAAGAAUCCAAGGAAGACAAACGUGAAAAAGUCUCUGAAUGCCUUUAGGUUGUUUUCAAAAAAGCAGAAGUUGAAGGGGAUGGCUGAGCUACAGGAUAAAAUCUCUCAAACUAUGGACGGAACCCUCAGAAAGAAAUGGAAGUCUCUGUCCGAUGAGGACAAGGCUGAAUAUUACCGACAAGCCAAAAGGGAAAAGGACCUCUAUGAACAGAGAUGCGCCGAGCUGUCCGCCCAGAGAUGCUCCCAGCGGACCCCCACAUCCAGCCUUUACAAGAAGUGGAAAGAGGCAAGAGAGAAGCAAUUACCUUUCUGGUGAACAGCUGGGAUGUGAAAAUCGAACAAGAUGACAUGAAUUACAGCAGAUUCAAAUAAAAACUGAAACUGUUAAAAUACUCGCAGGGAAUGUUGUUACAACUGUUAUAAUGUGCUUCACAUUACUUAAUAAAAACAUUUUAAAUUCUGUGCAAAAGAA